CGCAUCCUUUGUUUUUUCCAGAAACAAUGUCCUCCAUGUUCUUUAUCCAGAACAAAAUGGCCGCUCACCUUCGCCUAUCAGCUAACUUCUAAAAUAACAAUUAAAUUUGUCAUUAAAAAUAUAAAUCAUUUUUACAGAAGUGAAAGUAAAAAUAACUCAAUGUCAUCACCAAAAUUCCCACUAUUCUAGGCCACGUUGUCAUCGAUAACAGACGGCUCUAUUUGAUAAGUUUUAGUAUACUACAAACGUGCGUUUUAGUAAAACAUCAAUGCCCGUUACACCUUAAAUUUUUUUUUCCAAUUUUGAACUCAAAAUAUUUUUUAAAACAUUACGAUGAUUUUUAAUAAUUAUCUAAUAUUCAUCACGUUAUUUAUUGCGAUCGCUGUGAGAUCUGAGGAAAUAGAGUUUACUGAUCUCAAUAGCAUAGAGAAGUUCGUAUCGAAUAUUAUAGAAUUUAAGGAUAGUUAUACAAUAGACAAUCACAGUCUAAGUGAAGUUGAUAAAAAUAACAUUGCAAAGAGACUACUCAAUGAUUCGGUGAAUCUGAUGAAUAAAAUUUAUGCGAUACAGGGAAGUGGAAUUCGGCUGGGUAAUUUUGAGUCGAUCUAUUUGAUGCAUUUUAUCGAUCAAUUGGACAGACAUAGACCUCGGGGUGAAUAUUUAUACUGGGAACCUUUUUCACGUAUACUGGGCACGAUAAAUCAUAAGAGUGAAAAAAUUUCUUCGUAUGGUGACUUAUUAUCUUCUAUGGGUGUUCUGGUUUCCACUGAUGAUCUGAUGAAGCACUGUCCGAUACUUGUUCCUAUUAUGAGGAAACUGGCAUAUGGUGGGAGAACGAACAUACUUCGAGAAUAUCAGGAGUUUAUUGAAAAUCUAAGGGAAGUAAUGAAAGAUGAAAAUUCGCACAAUUUUUGCGGUAAGACAUGGUCAUUCAACUUAGGUAUAUAUUAUUUACAUCAGAAAGUUGCCAUGUCACAUAUACAAGAAUUUUUAAUGAUCCAUCAUUUGAAUAAAUUGAAUAACCUGUGCCGCGAUCACAAUUUGUUUGAUAGCUGGAUCCGGGUAUAUACAAUAAUGGAUGAAUUAAAAAAAAUAAAACGAAUAACCAGAGAUUUGCUAUCCGAGACGCGACAUUAUCUUCACGCAUGUGAUUUAGAAAAAUCCACCAAUAAAGUUUUUUCAGAUAAUAAAGAGUCUCAUUAUGAAUUGGAGCGAAUGAUACAGACGAUAAUAAUCAAAGAACAAGAUUUGACAACUGAUGGGUCCUGUAGUCAUAAUUGUAAAUUAGGUCAUAUAGAUAUCAUUAAUACUACAGAAUGUGAUGAAUACUACAAUUGUCAGUAUAUUAGUCCCAGUUAUAAUAUAUGUGAAACGACAUGUGAUUCAAGACGUUAUCGGUGGUUUAAUGACAGCAAUGGAGUAGUUUAUGGUGAUGGGGCUGAAAAAUGUGAUUCUCCGAUGAAAUUUGUGUCCAGUAAAUUUGCAUUCUUUAAAUUUCGUUACUGCGAUUAUUGCAUGUGCACUUGUCUUAAAAAAACAGGCGAUAAAGAAGCUACUACAGCGAUAAGCUUCAGAGAACAAGUUACCGAUAUUAAUAAUAACAUGGCUGUCGUAGGUGUCAGAUUUGUCGAGAAGAAUCUUAUGAUUCAUGUGCAAAUAAAAGAAAAACACAUGGAAAGACCUGGUUUUGAAUCAUCAGAUUCGUGGAAAGAAUUGGAAAAUAUUCAAUACAAUGAAACAGCCAAAACUUUUUAUAAUUCUGAAAACACUGUACUCAAACCGGGAAUUGAUUAUGGGCAUCCUAAGAUUGUUAAUUUUGAUGACUUGAUUGCACCAAGAGGUUAUGUCAUAACUGGGGUAAGAUUAGGAUUUGCUGUUGAUAAAUUCAAGAAGCCCGACUUAGAAGCUGCAGCUAUCGAACUGCACAUCCGCGUCACGCCUUUUGAUUACAACACAGGAAAACUCAUUAAUCUGACCCAGACUCACUGGAUUGUUCCAGAAUAUACCUCGAGGGAGGAAUUGAUCCUGACUAAUCCAGAUAAUCCAUUAAAAUCACCAGCUAAUGUAAUUGAUUCUAAGAAAAAUCAGUUUAUAAGAUUCCGUAAUUCGGAUUUGAAAAAAGAUGCCGGACAAACAACAGUACCAUUUUUUGAUGCGCAAGAUGUAGAGGGCGCUUUAUCAUAUCCUUUAGGUGGAAUGGGAAUAAUUCAUCGUGGUCAUGAGUGCUAUGGCGGAUUUUUGGCAUUCAAAAUUUAUGAUAUUAAUUUGGCUGACGCACUGAAUACUGAGUAAGCUCAAAAUUAUACCAGAGAAUAGAUUAUCCUCAAAAUUUUUUACUAAGAUAAUUUUUGGUAAAUAAAAUAUUGUACAUUUUUGUGGUUAUCGAUAAUAAAAAUAAAUAAUUUCUCUGCAUA